AUGCCGCGCCCAUCCGCUGCUGGUAGGAAGAAUCAGAACAAUCGAAACGAGAAUGGCCUCGUCGGUCCUGGCAAGAAAGUAACCAAGCAGAGAUCCAGCAGCCAUCUUAACGGCUCAUCAGGCAACGGCUCCGCUGCCGCUUCGGGUGUAUCAACUUCCUUCGAUCUGGGCUCGGCUCGUUCCUCCAGUGAUACCGCAAUCACACCCCCUAGUGUCGCAAGUAAAGUGGUCGAUGAGUCCAAGGUCGAAGGCAGCGUGCGUGGGUUGGUAAAUGGGAAUUGCAAGGGUUUGGAUAUGGCGAAUGGCCAGGCCAAUGGUUCUGUAUCGCAUAACGGUGGCACCACAGUUUCCGCAAGUCGCAAUGGUACUGCAAAGCGAUCGGCGUCAAACGCCUCAAUCAACCCGCUUCACCUCGCGUCUACUAUCCUAAAGUCGUGUCCGAUGUACGACACCAUCGCCAUCCUGAUCUUUAUCCUGCAGCUUCCCCCGAUGGUCCUCACAGCGGUUCAAUUCUUGUUCGCGUCCUUGACAUUCAUGCCCCCGAGCGGUGCAGCCGCCGGCUCCUUGUCGUCAAAUUUUGAUAUUUUCCAGGGUCCGGCUGGUACACCAUCUUUGGGUACGAUGAUGGCAAUGGAUGCAUUUUGUGUCCUUUUCUGGGGUCUCAUAAUGUGGACUUGGGCCCAAAACUUCGCAAUCGAUCUCGCCCAUGUCCAGGUCGCCAUUACUCUAGGUGGCGGGGGUUCAGGAAAGAACGGCGGGGUCAAUGCUCUCUGUGUUGGAAUUGUUCUAUUUCUUCAUAUUGUCCGCAGUGAAGGAAUCCAGGAUUUCGUAUUAACCCACCUCGCUUCCACCAAACUUAUCAGUCCGGAUCUUCUCUCGCAAAUUUCGAAUUUUCUCCCCGCCCAAUUCCGCCGAACCGAAUCGCAAACUUCGCCAAGUUGGCUGAGAAGUCUACUCGCUCUUCAUAUUCUAGCACAAGCAGGUACUGCCAUGGCACGUCGUUCGAUGGCUAGGAAUAGGUCACCGGCACCUUCGCGGAGUGGGAAACGGGUGGAUACAGAGGCAUCAGCAGGCUCCCAGGGUCAAGGGGAUUCUGCACUUGAAUCUGCCGCUAGUCUUUCGUCUUCUCUUCUCGGGCCUGAUGGCAAGGAUCGACUCACUUCUGCGAAAAAACGCAGGAGACAAGCCAACCAAGUUCGAAGCCGCCAACCGUUCUGGGCUGCCCUCGCCAGUACGAAGAUUACCGUUAUGCGAGAAUACGAACAUUCGCGAAUAUCGUCAAAAACAUCACGUGGACUAACAAUGACUGAAGAAGACCUUCAAGGUGUUUCUCUUGAGGAUGGGCUGGUCUGGAUCACCGAAGUAGAUAGUUCUUCGAUCAAGUUUGCUGCUGGUGAUCUUUCCGAAGAGUCUACCACAUCAAGCUCCUGUGAAGCUAGUACCGUUGAUGCUGAUAUGGAGCCGUUCUAUGUUUGUGUGAAUGGAGCACUUUGGGCCACUGCCACAAUUUUCCGCGUCUCGGAAUCUUCCAAGGGGACAAGCGUGGUUCAAUGGCGAGGCGAGAUCCCUGGUCUUGCUCCUAAUUGUGCCUAUACUUGCUCCUUUGUGCGCAGUGAUACUGACGAAGAGAUCUGCGCGAUGAGUGUCAAGACGCCUGCCACGGCUGACGCAGAACAAGGUGAGUUUUUCCAAAAUCGGAGAAUUGGGACCAUACCUGACGAAUAUGAAAAAGCAAUCUCCGCCGUUUCUACGCCCCCACAGCCUUCUUACCGACCAUCAUCACCUACUACAACUCUCAAGAAUUCCAUCAUCAAUGCUGAGGCCAAACUAAAUGAGAAGCGCACGCGUUUGAAAAAGACAAAGAACGACCACAAACUCCACAUCUCCAAAAUCCGUAAGGAACUAGACAAUUAUAACCAUCGCCUACAGAGUGGAACGGACGAGAAUAGGCAAAAGCAACGCUCGCUUCAGCUUGAACGAAGCAUUCGGCAAACGGAGGAGGACACUGCGGUUUUAGAUGUACAACUGGACGGCAUGGAGAAUGUUCCAGAGGAAGAGCUUCAGAAGUGGUCUUCACAAAAGGCCGACUUUGACCGUGAACUGGAACGUUUCAAUGCAGCCAAGGAGGACCUCCAGGCAGCCCGAAUUACUGCAGCACAGCAAGCAUCGUCGUUGGAGACUGAUUUGACCACGGUUGUUCAGAAACGCGAGCGUCUUCAGGGCCGUCGUACGCGAGUCAAUGAGCAGUAUGAACGUAUUAUCUCCGCCAACGCCCAAGGGUUGAAUGAGAGGGAGCGUCGUGCGGCCGAGCAGUUUGCUCGAGAGCAAGAUCAAGCUAAAUUGGAGACCAGUUUUCACGAACAAUUUGCCAGCAUCAGCCAGUCCGUGCAAGACUUUCAGUUGCGCACCAGUCAACUCUGGCAACAAGCAUCUGUGAUCGAGCAGUCAAUUCAGCAACAGCAACAUCAAAUGCUCAUGGAAUCCGGUCCUUUGACUCCCGAGGGUAAUCUUCCAGGUACCAACGCACUUCCCGACAUCACAGAGUCGUCUCUGAAUUUGUCAACAAGUUCUGCCCUGGGCGGUCGAGCGCUGCUCGGACUCACCUUCCCGUCAUUCAAGUCUAGCCCUUUGCAAAUAUCUUCGUCUCCAGUACAUGCUGCAUCGUCAGAUCCUACCAGUCCGGUAUAUGACGCAUUUAUGCCUCAAUUCCUGAAUUCCUCUGAUAAAAAUGGCUCCUAUUUUGGAUCUCGUGUUAACAAUCGGGACCGCUCCAUGUCCAACCGCUCAACCCAUAGUAGCCAGUACGGAGAGUUCUUUGAUGCGAACACGCGCAUGGCAAAUUUCCAAGACUUGUCUGACCUGUUUUCUCAGAAGCAACCCGAUAUCAAUGGCUUUGCUUAUACGAAUGGUCGCCCAAGGCUUUUUCAACGGGCUUUCCAUCGCGCCGCGCCCAGAUGUGGUCUUGGUAUGCUUUUGGGGGGGGUUUUCUAG